GGCAACCCUUCGCGAUCGACUGACCCGCCCGCCGUAAUAAAUGCCGUUGCUUCGUCUGCAAAUCCGCGCGUCAUCCCGCCGUCUCAGCAGCCACCCUAUCCAGGCGCUUCGACACCCACCCCCGAACCCCCAAUAGCCGCUGCCCGCCAACCGCGCCGAAAUAGUUUGCUCCGAAGGGGCUACCCAUCUCCGCAAGCCUACUUCAGGCAAUCACCCUUCCGAACCCGUGGAGCCGCCUCCCCUUCAAGCUCCUCGCAACGCCCUUUACUACGUCUCUCGGCCGCCCGCCUCUGGAAUCCAACCAAUUCAACCCCGAGAGUGGUUGCCCGCAGGCGCCGGCCAUCCACACCACCACCUCCUGCAGUUCCCCUCGAACACCCUACCCUAGACACCUCGACCGACCCUGCCGAUCCUACAGGCACAGGCGCCGGCGACUACCCGCUCCUCACUCUCCCCGAGCAGCGCCAGAGCAGGCAUUCCAUCUCCACCCGGGCCAGCCUGCAGAUCGAGCGGGGCGCUGGCCACGAGCAGCGCAUCAGCCUCCCCAGGACCGUCCGCCAUUCUUACGACGAGAAGCGACUGAGCGUCACCCCAUCACCCAUAGAAGGAAUAGUUGAAGCCGGUCCCUCGGAGACCAGGCCGCAGAGGGACGCACCGCGGAACCACAGAGCCGGAGAGCCUGCAGGGAGUGUCCAGAGUGCGACGAGACACCCCGAGCUUCCCGUGGGACUCAUCCUCGACAAUAGCAGAACGAGUUCCGACCGACCGAGGAAGCUAGACAAAGGCAAGGGGAAGGCGAUUAUGGCGUCUCCAGAAAAUGGAGACAAGGAGCGGGGGUUUUCUCAGGAUCUCGAGCGAGGUCCUGAUGCCCUCAAUGUCCGCCAUUCAACCGCAUCCAGGAUAUCCGGCAUUGGGUCGGCCAUCUCGUCCAGUGACUCGUCGAUAAUGGGAGAUCCGGAUCAGCAGCCAGAUUUCGGGGAGGGAUGGGGUCCACAGCACCCUUGCUUUCCCCAUCUGAAUCCCCACGUCCCGAUCGACUCGCCCGAGUAUACAAGCACCCGUAUCAUCCGCGUACGCCGCGACUGGCUCAUUCAGGGCGACCUAGCACCGACCUUCUCGAACCUCUACCCCGAGAUUCUUGAUCCCGCCGGCCUGUCCGAGCAGGAGUUUCGCCGCAUCAUCGAGAAGCUGAACGGCGAGCUCGUGCCGAUAUUCAGCCCGUACAGCUGGAGAAACCUCCUGGACGGCGUGCUCGGCCUCGCAACAGGCUGGAUAUGGGACGACUUUGGUCUCACAGGGGCCAAGUCUCGCCUGCGGAAUCUCGAGAAGUGGAUCGAGAAGUGGAAUCUAGACAUGGAAAAGACUGCCAACGGCGAGGAGGGUGCUAUCCCUCCGAAGAUUAUACCACUGAGGCGGACGGGGUAUAUGACUCUGGAUAUUCAAAUACCGGAUCCUGAAAUCGUCGGCCCAUCAUUAAGUACACCAGGAGCCUCGAGAUCCGGUCCACCCGCAGAGCCAAUAGCGACUUCCUCGGCAUGAGAUUUACCAUCUCUUCUUGGGGACCUGUCCAUUUGUGUUUCGCAACCUACCACUCCCAUCUCUGCUUCAGUCCGGAAACUGUUAUUCGUACAAUGUCUUUUUAAUCAGCUCCUCCGGGAACGCUUGACGAACUGGCUCCUCCAUUCUUAUCUGUUUUGUAAUCGACACUGUUAUUGCGGGCUCUACCUUGUCGUCGACCCGUGUCCUCGAUAUUUAUACCACGGCAUGAGCAUGGCGUUGCUGGUUCUCUUCUCCGAUUCGCUGUCGAGAUAUUCUGAGUUGGGCUUAUUAUCUCUAUUUCUUUUGUGGCACUGAACUGGUUAUGUGGUUUGAGGCUGCUCUGUCGGUUGUGAACUAUUUUCUCUCAUUUCAUUUUCCUUUUCGUUAUUCGCAAUAUUUCCCUUUUUUCCUUCACUUUUUCAGAA